AUGGAGCCUAUUGUGUCAUUUGCACUGGAAAAUGUAGGUCAUUUGUUGAUCCAAGAAGAGAGUUUCUUAUGUGGGGUGAAUGGUAAAGUCCAGGAAAUUCAAGCUAAGCUGAUGCAGAUGCAAAGCCUUCUGGAAGUUGUAGAUGAAAGACAAUAUGAAGACAACGCAGUUGUUCGCAAUUUCAUUGCAGAACUUGGAGAGGUUGCUUAUGAUGCUGAAGAUGUCACAGAGACUUUUGCUUUCAGAGUUGCACUGAGGAGGAGAAGCGGCUUCCUAAACAUCCUCAAGAGGUAUGCUUGCAUCUUCCCGGAAUUUAUAGCUCUCCACAAGGUUGGUACAGAGAUUGAUGCCAUAGAAAGAAAACUCUCUAGCAUCACUGAAAGUUUAGAAAGGUAUUGUAAAGUAAAUACAAUUGCAGGAGGAGAAAGCUCGAGUUCUAGAAAUGAGAGGCAAAAACUGCUUAGGCGGACUUACUCCCACCUUAAUGAUGAAGAUACAGUUGGGAUUGAGGAUAGCGUGAACCGCUUGGUGGAACAGCUGGUGGAACCGGACAAGAGAUGCUCAGUCGUGUGCAUAUGGGGCAUGGGGGGUCUGGGAAAGACCACUCUUGCCAGGAAGGUUUAUCAUCAUGUUGGUGUUACGCGUCACUUCGAUCUUUAUGCUUGGUGUUCCAUAUCUCAACACUGCAACAUCCGAGAUGUUAUGGAAGGAUUAUUCAUCAAAUUGACGUCUCCUAGUGAAGAGCAGAGAAAGAAAAUUGAGAAGAUGAGGGAUGAGGAGCUAUUUAAGAGGGCGUAUGAAAUUCAAAAGGAAAAGAAAUGUCUGGUGAUUCUUGAUGAUGUGUGGCGAAUGGAAGAUUGGGAGUGCCUAAGACCUGCCUUUCCACUGCUAACGGAGGGCAGCAAAAUACUGCUCACCACUCGCUUAGAAGAAGUGGCUUCAGGUGUGGAUCCACAACAUCGCUUUUUGCACCAACCAAAGUUUUUAUCUGGGACGGAGAGUUGGGAGCUUCUUCGAAAGAAAGCACUUCCAGAUGCUACAGGCUUUCUCAACAUAAUAACACCCUGUUUGGGGAAUAGCAGAAAGUAUUAUCUGACCAACUGA